UUUGUCGAAGAAGGCUUUAUCAUUUCCCCCGGCUGUGGACGGAAUACCUCCGCUUAUUUGCACCGCAGUGUAAUCUAUUGCUUGCCUGUCAACUCGUAUUUUUUCACGUAAUUAUACACCUUUUUCAUCGCUCUGGUUUGUGAGCCCCAAAUUUCAAUCUACGAGAGCCGGCGCCAUCCACGUUCGAGAGACCUACCACCGCCGGCCGUGGUGACACAGAUCUCUGGGGGCGUUGCACCGCACCGUCUGGCCGUGGUGCCGAGGUCGGUCGAGUCGCCGCCAUGUUCGAGGAGGCUGAGGCGGAGAGCGUUGAGUCGGAGCCAGCCAGCGGGCCGCCGCCGCAGAGCUUCGUGCCCGUUCACCUGCAGGUGUACGGCGAUGCGAACUCGGAGGACCUGCAGCAGCUGGUCAACUGUGUGCAGCUGCUGUACCAGCAGCGGCCCGCCUUCUUCCUGCGGGCGCCUGAGAUCUUCCCUCAGCACGAGGCCGAGUGGACCACCUUCGUGGACAACCUCAGGAAGAUGCUGCAGGGCGGUGAGCUCUGGUGUCUGGACACCUUGGCCGUGCUGUUCUGCGACACACAGUAUGUCGGCGGCCCUGAGCAGGCGCUGGACUGGAUCACGGAGACGUUCAAUGUCACCUUCGAUCUGGACGACCUGGAGCAGAGAGGCAAUAUCUACCAGGAAAUGCUCGUCACGAGGCAGCACAGCAUGGUGUACCUGGACUUCUCACACGACGGCCAGAUGCUGGGGCGGCUCGUGUUUGAGCUGUACGACGAGCUGCUGCCGAGGACGUGCGAGAACUUCCGGCAGCUGUGUGGCGGCCAGCUGGGCUUGAGCGUCGCCGGCACCGUGCUUUGGUACGCCGGCACGCCCGUCCACAGGAUCGUCCGCGGCGGCUGGCUCCAGGCGGGCGACAUCGUGGACGGGUGUGGCGCGCACGGCGAGAGCGUCUUUGGCCGACGGUUCGCCGACGAGUGUUACGCCGUGCCGCACGAUAGGCGUGGCAGACUCGCCAUGGUGCAGGACGAGCGCAACCACAACGCGUCGCAGUUCAUGGUGGCCUUCCAGCCCAUGACCUACAUGCAGUACAUGAGCUGCGCCUUCGGCCAGCUGGUGGAGGGAUCAGCCGUGCUGGAUUACCUGGAGAUGGUGGAAACCAACAACGAGCGGCCGGUGAAGACUGUUGGCAUCACGAACGGUGGCGUGCUGUACAAGCCGGAAGGAAAACGCAGCGGGCAGUCGGUCGGCGCCACCGACUUCCAGAUGGUCGAGGCGGGAGGAGAGCAGAGCCGGCCGUCGGUGCGCGCCACCGACUCCCAGCUGACCGAGGCGGGAGAAGGGCAGAGCCGGCCGUCGGUGCGCGCCACCGACUCCCAGCUGACCGAGGCG